AUGUUCAAUCCUCUUUAUUGUAGUGAAGAAGGCAUCGAGCCACCCAGUCCCAGUUUCACUGGAACUGAUGCUGUUGACAAAGAGGGUGACUUACAGGUGAUGAAGGAUUGCAAUGCUAAUGCUGGCUUAGCAACCUCAAGUGCCUCAGAUGUUCCAUCUUUUGCAAAUUCUAGCACUGAGGGUGACACUCACACUAGUACUAGUAACGUCAACACUGUAGAAAUGGAGAUUACAUGUGCGAUUCUAAAGGCUUUGAACCUUGUUGAUCAAAUGCAAGGAUCAGUUGCAGAUUUUGAGGAUGUACUUGUAUUUUCAAAAGAAUUGUUUUGUAGAAAUGAUACUGAACUGAAGGAACUGUGGCCAAGUAACUGGUGGGAAACUCAAAAACUCUUAAAGACUUGUGGAUACAAGGAUCCAAGAGAGCUGUAUAUAUGUCUCGAUGGAAGCCAUUAUUGUCAUUGGGAUGUAAUGGAAACCCCUGAUUCACUCUGUAGGCACUGCGAGAAAAAGGGAAGUAUUAAAUACUACUAUUUAGGUAUUGGUGUCAAAAUCCAGCUUUGGUGUGCCAGUGAAGAGAUGUGCAAGAAAAUGAUGGGCCACUGGGAAGAAAAGGGACACUGGCUCCAAGGUCAAGCUCCCAACUUUACUCUCAAGGAGGUGUGGGAUGGUUCAAGUUUCAACGAACUUAAAUGGUUUUGGAAUCCAGACUNAUACUGAACUGAAGGAACUGUGGCCAAGUAACUGGUGGGAAACUCAAAAACUCUUAAAGACUUGUGGAUACAAGGAUCCAAGAGAGCUGUAUAUAUGUCUCGAUGGAAGCCAUUAUUGUCAUUGGGAUGUAAUGGAAACCCCUGAUUCACUCUGUAGGCACUGCGAGAAAAAGGGAAGUAUUAAAUACUACUAUUUAGGUAUUGGUGUCAAAAUCCAGCUUUGGUGUGCCAGUGAAGAGAUGUGCAAGAAAAUGAUGGGCCACUGGGAAGAAAAGGGACACUGGCUCCAAGGUCAAGCUCCCAACUUUACUCUCAAGGAGGUGUGGGAUGGUUCAAGUUUCAACGAACUUAAAUGGUUUUGGAAUCCAGACUCGGAGUGGAUGCUUCCAGUUAAAUUCCAGCAGUGUGGAAAUAUAAUUAGUAUUGAUGAAGUCCUAGCAUCUUCAGAAGUGAACAGGAAGUAUAUCAUCACAUGCGGCGAAUGUAGAACCAGAUGGAUGCACGCCCCUGUCUACACCAAAGGAGACCCCCGAAAUAUUGCCCUGAUUGGACAUUGGGAUGGGUGGCAGCCAUUCGGGUACCCAGGAACACACAGUUGUGGUAUGUACUAAAAGUAAGUUAUAUAAGCUGUCAAUGAUAGUGUUGCUGGGUCUUUGUUUUUGUUGUAGUUAAUUUUUACCUUUCCACUCAUUACCAUCCAUAAAAACAAAGGAAAACUAAAAAUAACUGAGAUAAAAUAAAAAACUACAACAUUUAUAUGCAUGCAUGCAUGUAUGGAUGAAUGAAUGGAUACACAUGUUUAUUCAGAUUGCCUGUUCCAUAUGACUGGAGUAUUAUACAAAUGUGUGCUGUAAAACAUGGAACAAAGAGUUGAGGUAUUCAUGAUGCACAAUGACAAUAUGUUGCUAUGCGUAGAUGCAGCAUGGGCCAAACGAAUAAGUCGGUCACUGAAAUUGUCUAGCCACUGGAGGCCUUGUAAACUACCUAGAACAGAAAAGAAAGGAAAAAAAAACGAGGUAACUAAGCUGACUAUGAAGGUAAUAAUAAGAUGUAUACGAGCAUUAAGGCGAUAUCAAAAACGAAAAACAAAAAAAAUGUCACUGAAUUUGAAACGGGAGACAGUCUGGUGGCACUUGCUGAAAGGUGUAAACUCUGCCUAA